AUGACAUCUUUAGAUUUUCAUAAACUCUACCUUUUGGCUUAUUGCCUUGUCUUAUUUGUACAACUUCUUUCACCGCCAAGUUGCUCUGUUUUUGCUUCUGCUACUUCUACCACGGAAGCAGAAGCGCUUCUCAAAUGGAAAGCCACCUUUCAAAACCAUACCCACCUGCAAAAUCUCACCUUGUGGACUUACGUACCCGCUCAUACAAAAGCAGCCCCAUGCUUCUGGACUGGUAUUUUAUGCAAUGCUGUUGGAAGUGUCAGUGUGAUAAACCUUACCAAUUUCGGGAUACAAGGUACGCUACAUGAGUUUUCCUUCUUGUCUUUCCCCAAUCUUCAAUACCUCGAUCUCAGCUACAAUAAUCUCUUUGAUGUCAUUCCAGCUCAGAUCGGUUCCCUCUCCAAACUCAUCUCUCUUGAUCUUUCUAACAAUUGGCUAAGUGGUUCAAUCCCAACAUCCCUCGGUGAUCUCAAAAACAUUACCCUUCUCUAUCUCUUCCGUAAUAAUCUUUCUAGCACAAUUCCAAAAGAGAUAGGGAAUUUGAAAUCUCUUGUGGACCUAGAAUUGUCUCAUAACCAACUCAACGGUUCAAUCCCAACAUCCCUAGGUCAGCUCACAAGCCUUUCCACUCUCUAUCUACAUAGUAAUAAUCUUUCUGGCACUAUUCCUAAAGAGAUAGGGAAUUUGAAAUCUCUUGUGCACCUAGCAUUGUCUGAGAAUCAGCUUAGCGGUUCAAUCCCAACAUCCCUAGGUCAGCUCACAAACCUUUCCGUUCUCCAUCUCUUUAGUAAUAAUCUUUCUGGCACUAUUCCUAAAGAGAUAGGGAAUUUGAAAUCUCUUGUGCACCUAGCAUUGUCUGAGAAUCAGCUUAGUGGUUCAAUCCCAACAUCCCUAGGUCAGCUCACAAACCUUUCCUUUCUCCAUCUCUUUAGUAAUAAUCUUUCUGGCACUAUUCCUAAAGAGAUAGGGAAUUUGAAAUCUCUUGUGGACCUAGAAUUGUCUCAUAACCAACUCAACGGUUCAAUCCCAACAUCCCUAGGUCAGCUCACAAGCCUUUCCACUCUCUAUCUACAUAGUAAUAAUCUUUCUGGCACUAUUCCUAAAGAGAUAGGGAAUUUGAAAUCUCUUAUGCACCUAGGCAUGUCUGAGAAUCAGCUCAUCGGUUCAAUCCCAACAUCCCUAGGUCAGCUCACAAACCUUUCCAUUCUCUAUCUAAAUAGUAAUAAUCUUUCUGGCACUAUUCCUAAAGAGAUAGGGAAUUUGAAAAAGUUGGUUGUACUGCACUUGCAUAGUAACCAAUUAAUAGGUUAUUUGCCCCAAAAUAUUUGCUGUAGUGGACAACUCCAAAACCUUUCAGUGAUUAAUAACCAUUUGACAGGUCCAAUCCCCAAAAGCUUGAAAACAUGCAAGAGCUUAGUUAGAGUUCAUCUUGAAGGGAACCAAUUCACAGGCAAUAUAUCAAAAGACUUCGGUGUUUAUCCAAAUCUUGAUUUCAUAGAUAUGAGUCAUAAUAAGUUUUAUGGUGAAAUUUCGCAAAAAUGGGGACAAUGCGCACAAUUAGAAACCUUACUAAUUGUGGGAAACAACCUCACCGGUAGCAUACCUGCCGAGAUUGUCAAUGCUGACAAAAUCCAUAAACUCGACCUCUCUUCAAAUCACUUAGUUGGGGCCAUUCCGAAGGAGUUCGGGAGAAUGACUUCUUUGCAGAAGUUGAUGCUGAAUGGAAAUCAACUUUCAGGCUGUAUACCUUCGGAAUUUGGAUCACUCGUUGAUCUUGAAUAUCUCGACUUGUCAUCAAACGAAUUCAAUGGGUCAAUUGCGAGCACAUUCGGCAACUUUCUCAAACUGUACCAUCUGAAUUUGAGCAACAAUCAAUUUUCCCAAGGAAUUCCAUUGAAGUUGGAAAAGUUAGUUCAGUUGAACGACCUUGAUUUAAGUCAUAACUCACUUGAAGGUAGUAUACCCGCUGAAAUCAGCAAUAUGGAGAGUCUACAGACGCUCAAUCUUUCUCACAACAAUCUUUCGGGUUUCAUACCAUCAAGUUUUGAAGGCAUGCAUGGCUUGUCAUAUGUGGAUGUAUCUUACAAUGAAUUGGAAGGUCCCAUUCCCAACAAUAGAGCAUUUCGACAAGCUCUGCCAGAAGCUUUACAAGGGAACAAAGGACUGUGCGGCAACGUUGAAGGUUUGCAAUCUUGCACAAUUGGCCCAAGAAAGGAACGCAAAUGGGUAUUUGGAAUCACAUUCUCCCUUGUAGCAGCAAUUUUACUUAUUUCUGCUUUCUUUACAAUUAAAUUCGUAGUGCAAAGAAAGAAGCAAAGUCUAGAAAAAGUAGAAAAAAACUUGCAUGAAGAAAUAUCGUUUUCAGUUUUAAAUUUUGAUGGAAAGUCAAUGUAUGAGGAAAUCAUAAGGGCGACAGAAAAUUUUGAUUCCACAUAUCGCAUCGGGAGUGGAGCACAAGGAAGUGUCUACAGAGCAACUUUGUCGAGUGACAACAUAGUGGCUGUGAAAAAAAUACAUCAAUUGUGGGAUGGUGAAAAGAAUUUGGAGAUGGCAUUCUUGAAUGAAAUAAGGGCACUAACAGAGAUAAGACACCGGAAUAUUGUGAAGCUUUAUGGUUUCUGUUCACACCAUCAACACUCGUUCUUGGUGUACGAGUUUGUUGAAAGAGGUAGCUUGGCUACAAUUUUGAGCAAAGAUGAAGAAGCUAAAGAAGUAGGGUGGAGAAAAAGGGUUAAUAUUGUUGACGGUGUAGCUCAUGCCUUGGCAUACAUGCACCACGAUUGCUUGCCACCAAUUGUGCACCGGGACAUAUCAACUAAGAAUAUUUUGUUGGAUUCUAAAUAUGAGGCCUCUGUUUCAGACUUUGGCACUGCUAAGUUUUUGAAUCCAGACUCAACAACUUGGACUGCCGUUGCAGGCACAUAUGGGUAUGUCGCACCAGGUAAUAUGUUUUCUUCCUUUUAACCUUAUUAAUUGAGUGUUGUUUAUGAUUAAUUUUUUGGCGAAAUUUAUUUCUUUUCAACGUUAGGACGGAUUAAACAUACCAUGUUACAUGCUUUGAUUUUGAAAGAACAUUCACCUAACGUAUAAGCGAUACUUGGGUUUAUUGUAUGCUCUUAUAAGUCAGCACCCUCUUUCCUUAAAGCUAAAACAUAAAAUAAAAAAAAAAGUAAAAAAAAAUAAUAAUAAAAAAAUGGAAAAAAAAAAAACUAAUUAUAAACAUGCGAACUAUAGUAACAUCUAAUUUAAUAAGUAAUACCAAUCGAGAUGUUAAUGAAUUACUAAAAACUAUCUAAUUAAAACAACAUGUAGUAAACAUAGAAACUGCAGUAAGAAAACAAAUACCAUGUAAGAUUUACCUCUUUUGCCAAAAAGCCAAUCUCUAAUACAUAACAAUGCUUGAACGGUUUCAGGCAAUAAACAACUACGAUAUUGAUCGAUCACUCUAGCACUAAUACUAAAUACUGAUUCUGAGGUGACAGUAAAAACAAGAAUUGUUAAUACAUCACAACUACGAUAUUUAUGGUUUCUCUCAAGUCUUUCUUCAUCAAGAUAUUUACGUAAUUCAUAUUUUGUACUUAA